GCGUAUUUAUUCUCGAACCAGGCCGAGAUGCGGGCACUCGCGGCAGCAGCAGCAGCAACAGCAGUGGCGGCGCCCUACCCCGCGCGACUCCUCCUCCUCUCCGCCCGCCCGCGAUUCGGUCACUGUAGAGCAUCUGCCUCCGCAAGGCUACUGAGGAGGUCCUGCUACGCCUCCACCACCAUGGGAGACGAGACCUCCACUUCCGCCUCUGCCCAGGCGCAGGAACCUGCACCACUGGGAGCUGGGAGCGUCAAGCAGCAGAUCUCCAACUUUGCGGCUUUGUCACUAAAAGCGACGGUGCCUGAAGUGGAGGUAGAACCAGUGGUUGAAGUCUGCACAACAAAGUUCGGCGACUACCAGUGCAACAACGCAAUGGGAUUGUGGUCAAAAGUUAAAGGAUCCGGGACAAGUUUCAAAAACCCCAACGCAAUUGGACAGGCCAUUGCCAAGAACCUGCCUGCGGGUGACGUUAUUGAAUCGACCUCUGUUGCUGGUCCUGGUUUCGUGAAUAUUGUAUUAUCCAACAACUGGGUUGCGAAGAGGAUACAAAAUAUGCUUGUAAAUGGUAUCAAAACUUGGGCACCAGUUCUGCCGGUUAAGAGGAUAGUGCUUGAUUUUUCAUCCCCUAAUAUUGCAAAGGAAAUGCAUGUUGGGCAUCUCAGGUCAACAAUCAUUGGAGAUACCCUAGCUCGCAUGUUUGAGUUCUCAAAUGUCUACGUUCUCAGACGCAAUCAUGUGGGAGACUGGGGUACACAGUUUGGAAUGCUGAUUGAAUUUCUGUUUGAAAAGUUUCCGGAAUGGGAGGAACUUGGCAGCCAGGCCAUUGGUGACCUCCAGCUUUUCUAUAAAGCAUCCAAAGAAAAAUUCGACAAUGAUGCAGAAUUUAAAGAUAGGGCUCAACAAGCUGUCGUUCGGUUACAGGGAGGGGAGGAGAAAUAUCGUUCUGCUUGGAAAAAGAUAUGUGAAAUCAGCAGGAACGAAUUUGACCAGGUGUACAAGCUCUUAGAUGUACAACUUGAAGAAAAGGGGGAGAGCUUUUAUAAUCCUUAUAUUCCACAAGUUUUGGAGUUAUUAAAUAACCAAGGUUUCAUCAAGGAGAGUGAGGGUGCUCGCGUAAUUUUCAUUGAAGGUCAUAAAAUCCCUUUGAUUGUGGUUAAAAGAGAUGGUGGCUUCAACUAUGCCUCAACAGAUUUAGCUGCUCUCUGGUACCGUCUUAAUGUUGAGAAAGCAGAAUGGAUAAUAUAUGUAACAGAUGUCGGUCAGCAGCAGCACUUUGAUAUGUUUUUCAAGGCUGCCAGGAUGGCUGGUUGGCUCCCCGAUCCAAAGGAGAAGAAGUUCCCCAAAACAAGUCAUGUUGGGUUUGGCCUUGUUCUUGGGGCAGAUGGCAAGCGCUUCAGAACUCGUAGUACUGAGGUUGUUCGGUUGGGAGACCUACUUGAUGAGGCUAAAUCUCGAAGUAAAUCAGAACUUGUCCAGCGUCUCAAGGACAAUGGUAAAAUUGUUGACUGGACUGAGGAGGAACUUGAGAAAACUUCAAAGGCAGUAGGAUAUGGUGCUGUCAAGUAUGCAGAUCUGAAGAACAAUAGACUGACUAAUUACACAUUUAGCUUUGAUCAGAUGCUAAGUGAUAAGGGAAAUACUGCUGUCUAUCUUCAGUAUGCUCAUGCUCGUAUUUGCUCCAUUAUACGGAAAUCUAACAUGGAUGUGGAAGAGCUAAAGACGAAUGGGAGUAUUUCUCUUGACCAUCCAGAUGAGCGUGUCUUGGGACUGUAUCUUAUCCGUUUUGCAGAGGUUGUUGAAGACGCUUGCACAAAUCUCCUUCCCAAUGUUCUGUGUGAAUACCUAUACAACUUAUCUGAAAUGUUCACUAGGUUCUACACCAAUUGUCAGGUGGUAGGGUCUCCGGAGGAGCCAAGCCGGCUGCUGCUGUGCGAAGCAACUGCGGUCGUCAUGCGCCAAUGCUUCCAACUGCUCGGAAUCACACCGGUUUACAAGCUGUGAUCAACCAAUGUUGGAUCUUUAGAUCAAAACAUCCGUUUUCACACAAUCCCUUCUUCACAGUUGCAGUUUUUGUCCUUGUAAGAGUUGGCACCGCUAACGUAUUUGAAUUGAUUGCCACAUUUGAGAAUUCAAGCAUAUUCAAACUAUGUAGCAAAGGAAGGAUAGCUGAAACAUUUUUUUGUGUGUCCCCUUGCCUCAUCGUCUGUUAUUGUGCCUUCCAAAUUUAUUAUGCGGCAGCUCCUCUGUCAGCAGAAAGCAUAGUAACAUUGUCGACC